GUCCGGCCCGCGCCCGCGGACCCGCAGCAGCGGCCGGACCCCAGGCGGCCAGCGCGCCCCGCCGGCCCCACCCCGCGUCCGCCCGACGGCAGGGACGGCCGCCCCGCCUGCCCCGCUGGACACUCCGGAGAGCCGCUGGCGGGCCUCCCCCGGGAGCUCCGACCGGGCCCACCCGCUCGGUCCGGCCGCGGGGCCCGAGGGCGCGGGGGGCGAGCGGAGACGCUGCGGCUGCCUUGAAGACCCGCUCGCGGGCGCGGGCCGGAGCGCGCGCCGGGUCCGAGCGAGCCGCAGGGACGUCCAGGGCUCGGCCACGCCGGCGACCGGGGCGGCCCGCCGGACCCCGCCGCAGCCCGGGCCGCGCCGGUGCCAGGAGCAGCCCCCGAAGAAACGCUGACUACAGUACUGUACCUGCGGGUUCCAUCUGUCCUCAGCAAGUCAGAUGAAAGGAGGCCCAUCCAGGGAGACACAUGGACUGAAUCCCCGUGGCUCGGUCUCCACAUACGGCCUGUCCCAAGUCCCUUUUUUGUGUGUUUUCCAGUCCACUGAUUUCCCUCUUAUUCGAUUGCUUCCUCUUUGGCUGUGCCAGGCAGUAGAGUGGCUAAGUCCUGGGGCCAGAAAAGUCCUUUGGAGCCCCUCAGGCCAUGGAGCGCCACCAGGACGAGUGUCCAGCCACUGGAAAGGCCAGGCCUUCAGAGGGAUCAAAAGCUGCCAGCCACGAAGGUCUAUCAUUACCUGCCGAGCUUCCUCAGAACAAGGAUAGUGCCAAGGCUGAUGGGGCGCCGGCCAGGGCAGACCGACAGGAGCCAGCAGACCUGGCUUCGCUGCCAGCCCCCAGCCCAGAGAACCUCGAGUCCCCUCUGUCCGAUGCUAGCGUCAGCCCAGAGAGGCUGGCCCAGGGGCUGGCCCAGGAGCUGAAGCUGGACGUAGAGAUGGAGGGGGCGCGCACCAGGCCCCAGGAGCUGCCUCCGCGGCCCAGGGUACGACCCAAGCUGGAUUUCUACUGUGUGAAGUGGAUCCCCUGGAAGGGAGAGUGGACGCCCAUCAUCACCCAGAAUGCUAACGGUCCUUGCCCCCUCCUGGCCAUCAUGAACAUUCUCUUCCUCCAGUGGAAGGUGAAGCUGCCCCCGCAGAAGGAAGUGAUCACGUCUGAGGAGCUCCUGGCUCACCUGGGAGACUGCCUCCUGUCAGUCAAGUCCCAGGAGAAGUUGGAGGGACUUCAGCUUAAUUUUCAGCAGAACAUGGAUGACGCUGUGUCGGUGUUGCCUAAACUCGCCACGGGGCUGGAUGUCAACGUGCGGUUCACGGGCGUGUCUGAUUUUGAGUACACGCCCGAGUGCAGCAUCUUCGACCUGCUGGGCGUGCCCCUGUACCAUGGCUGGCUGGUGGACCCGCAGAGUCCUGAGGCCACGAGCAUGGUGGGGAAACUGAGUUACAAUCAGCUGGUGGAGAAGAUCAUCACCUACAAGCACUCUAGUGACAGCAAUGAGGUGAUGGAAGGCCUGAUCGCGGAGCAGUUCCUGGAGGCCACGGCAGCCCAGCUGACCUACCAUGGCCUGUGUGAGCUGACCGCAGCCGCCAAGGAGGGCGAGCUCAGCGUCUUCUUCCGGAACAACCACUUCAGCACCAUGACCAAGCACAAGAGUCACCUGUACCUGCUGGUCACUGAUCAGGGCUUCCUGCAGGAGGAGCAAGUAGUGUGGGAGAGUCUGCACAACGUGGACGGGGACAGCUGCUUCUGUGACGCCGAGUUCCACCUCAGCCCCUCCCUCUGCCAGGAGCCUGGGGUCCACAGAGGGCGCGGCUCCCCUGCAAAGCAGCGGCAGGUGGACCAGGGUCGGCGCCCCCCAACACCUCGUGGCCCCUCCCGCCCCCAGGACUACCUGAUGGCCCUGUCCCUGCAGCCGGGCGUGCGGGGACUUAGCGACCUGGAGCUGGCGCAGCAGCUGCAGCAACGGGAGUACGAGCGGCCGCAGGGCCGUGGAGCCGCGUCGGGACGCCCAGCCACUGGGGAGCGUCGGCAGAGGCCGAAGCAGGAGCUGGACUGUGUUCUCUUAUAACCCCCCUGGGCCAGGCCACUGCCAGAGACUCCCCGACUCUGGCCCGGUCACUUAUUUACGGCCCGUUGGGGUCGGAGCCGUAAGAGCCAAGGUCAGGCUCGUGGGUGUCUUUGCCCUCUCAUGCUGCUGCCUUUCCUCCCGGCCACCCAGGGAGACCCUGGGGGUGGGGUGAGGCCCCUUGCCCUGAAUCCUCACACUGAUCUCAGGCUUGGGCGAGGU